AUGGAUAUCUUUAGAGUCUUGACUCGUGGAGCUAGCAUAAGGAAGAAUGGUGAUUCUAAUAGAACACAGUCUGCAGACUUUAGCAUGGCUAAUGAAAAGAAGAGUAAGACAGCUGGCAGCUCAAGUACACCAGCUAGAGAUGAACAACAAUUGACUAAGGAGUUGGAUUUUUUCCGUAAUAAGAAAAUCAUGAAUAAGGUAAAGUCUGAGUCAACCAAAGGUGAAGGUGAAGACGAAGUACAAGAAGAUAAUCAAGAAGAAGACGAAGAUCAUGCUGAUGACGAGACUGAGUUAUCCGGGAAAAUUAUCACGAAACAAGAUGCGUUAAAGUUACGUAAAUCUUAUCAAGGGAAUGUUUCAGGGAAUAGUGUUCCUUUGCCCAUCGGUUCUUUUGAAGACUUGAUCACAAGGUUCCAAUUCGAUAAGAGAUUGUUAAACAACCUCAUAGAAAAUAACUUCACUGAACCAACUCCGAUUCAAAGUGAAUCUAUACCGAUUUUGUUGCAUGAACGUGACAUGAUCGCUUGUGCUCCCACAGGUUCUGGUAAAACGUUGGCAUUUUUGAUCCCACUACUGCAACAGAUAAUCAACGAUAAAACCACAGUUGGUCUUAAAGGUUUAAUUAUAUCCCCAACAAAAGAACUUGCGAACCAGAUCUUCAUCGAAUGUUCCAAAUUAGCGAACAAGAUAUACUUGGACAAGAAAAGACCUCUGCAAGUUGCCCUACUUUCAAAAUCAUUAAGCUCAAAAUUAAAGAAUAAAGUUAUCAGUGAGGACAAGUACGAUAUUAUCAUUUCUACUCCCUUGAGAUUGAUUACUGUGGUUCAGGAAGAAGCCUUGAAUUUGGGUAAAGUGAAACAUUUAAUAUUUGAUGAAGCGGAUAAAUUAUUCGACAAGACAUUUGUGGAACAAACUGAUGAUAUCUUGAGUUCAUGUACUGAUCCACAUCUCCGUAAAACAAUGUUCUCUGCCACUAUACCAUCCAACGUGGAGGAAAUCGCCCAAACCAUCAUGAACGAUCCUAUCAGAGUCAUUAUCGGUCACAAAGAAGCAGCAAAUAUCAACAUUGAUCAACAAUUAGUAUUCUGUGGUAACGAGGAAGGUAAACUUAUAGCCAUCAGGCAAUUGGUUCUUGAAGGUGAAUUCAAACCUCCAGUAAUCAUCUUUUUGGAAUCUAUUACAAGAGCCAAGGCAUUGUUCCAUGAAUUGCUAUAUGACAAGUUGAAUGUGGACGUGAUCCAUGCCGAAAGAACUCAAGUUCAAAGAGAUAAAAUUAUCGAAAGAUUCAAGUCUGGAGACCUUUGGUGUUUGAUCUGUACCGAUGUGUUGGCUCGUGGUGUCGACUUCAAAGGUGUGAAUCUGGUCAUCAAUUAUGAUGUUCCUAGAUCAGCUCAGGCGUAUGUGCAUAGAAUCGGUAGAACAGGUAGAGGUGGUAGAUCCGGUAAAGCCAUUACUUUUUACACGAAACAAGAUUCUUUGGCAAUUAAACCAAUAAUAAACGUGAUGAAGCAAAGUGGAUGUGAAGUCUCAGAGUGGAUGCAAAAGAUUUCUUCCAUGUCCAAAAGAGAGAAGGAAUCAUUGAAAAAGGGUAAGGGUCAUGUGGAGAGGAAACAAAUCAGUACUGUUCCUAAGGUUGUAAAACAAAAAAAGAGACAAAGAAGAGAAAUGAUCGAAGCUUCAAAGAAACGGAAACUCUCUGUAUCGGAUGCCGAGGAAGAAGCUGGCAACGAUUCGACCUAA